CUAGUGGAAGUGUUAAAGACACUUUUGUUGGAGCCAGAAAUGGACAAUACAGGCUUUUAAAAAUAGUCAUUGACAAUGAGCAGCUUGUUGUGGGAUCCUCUAGACGACCAGUUGGAUCAUGGGAAAAGGAUUACGAUUCCUUUGUCCUUCCCCUUCUUGAAGACAAGCAACCAUGUUAUAUACUAUACAGAUUAGAUUCUCAGAAUGCUCAAGGAUAUGAGUGGAUCUUCAUUGCAUGGUCACCUGAUCACUCUCCUGUUCGUCAAAAAAUGUUGUAUGCAGCAACCCGCGCAACACUUAAGAAAGAAUUUGGAGGUGGUCAUAUUAAGGAUGAAGUAUUUGGAACAGUACAGGAUGAUGUUUCACUGAAUGGAUAUAAAAAAUAUUUGAUAUCACAGUCCUCCCCUGCACCUCUGACUGCAGCAGAAGAGGAACUUCGACAAAUUAAGAUUAAUGAGGUGCAGACGGACGUUGGUGUAGAUACCAAGCAUCAAACAUUGCAAGGAGUAGCAUUCCCCAUUGCUAAAGAAGCUAUUCAGGCUUUGGAGAAAUUGAAAAAUAAGAAACUCAAUUAUGUACAACUGCAAAUUGAUAUGAAAAAUGAAACUAUUAUUCUGGCCAACACACUUCAUACUGAACUUAAGGACUUGCCAAAAAGAAUUCCAAAGGAUGCUGCGCGUUACCACUUUUUCCUGUAUAAGCAUGCCCAUGAAGGAGACUAUUUGGAAUCCAUAGUUUUCAUCUACUCUAUGCCAGGGUAUACCUGUAGUAUACGAGAACGAAUGCUCUACUCCAGUUGCAAAAGUCCACUGUUAGAAAUUGUAGAAAGACAGUUGUGGAUGCAGAUAAUCAGAAAGAUUGAAAUAGAUGACGGUGAUGAGUUAACUGCUGACUUUCUUUAUGAAGAGGUUCAUCCAAAACAACAUGCUCACAAACAAAGUUUUGCUAAACCAAAAGGUCCUGCGGGGAAGAGGGGAAUACGAAGACUGAUUAGAGGUCCAGCAGAGACUGAAACACCCAGUGAUUAGAAACUCUUGUUUGCAUUUGUUAUUAAGUAUUACAGUUAAGACAUGAAAUUCUGGCUUUUGGUAAUGAACUGAAAUCAUUCCAUUCAUAGAUGCUAGGGGGGGAAAAAAAGGCUGUUUUUACUCUUCUCACUUCUGACCUCAACACUUUUUAUAUUGUUACAUGAUUAUAUUUGUUGACCAUGUUCUGUGACAUGUGGAAGAGCUAAUUAUUUUAAAGCUAGAAAAGGAAAACUAAGCUAGUAGCCCUUUAUUUUCAAUUAGAAUCCA